CAUAUUCCAAAAAUUAAAAUCCAUCCAUCCCUAGUUCAAAGAAUUCUAGCCACACAUGUUUAUGAUUUCAACAGCCAUGAAAAAUAAAUCCCAGCAGAAAAUCAUAGUAAAAGGAAAUCAGAAACAACAAAACCCAAACAAUGGAGAAUUGCUUGUCCGGAAGCAAGGCUGGGCGGUGAAGAAGCAAGGCUGGGCGGUGAGGAAGCAAAUUUCAGGGUCCUCUUUGCAGAUUGGAUUCGCGUCCUCCGAGUAGGCUGGGCGGCGGCUUUUCCUCCAAUGUGCAAAGCAAUCUCGCGCGGCUGUCCUCUUCUUCUCUGGUGAACAACAGAUGUGGGUGGCUGGGAUGUGGGCGGCUGGGUGCUGUUGUGCAGAACAACUCUCUUGCGUCUGUGUGGCUCUCCUCUCUUUCUCGGGGCAUGUUGCAUUGCAAUGUCCUAAUAAGCACACGAUGAUCUUGAGAGAAGAUGGAGAAAUUGAAACCGAGGGUGAAUAUGAUGAUAAAUCUAUGCCAUCAUUAGAAAAUGCUGGUGAUGGUGUGGAAUAUGCUGUUGAUGGAGGACUGUUCAUCAUCAGGCCAACUUUGAAUGUGCAAGCCAAAGAAGAUGAUGAAGUACAACGUGACAAUAUAUUUCACACGAGGUGCCAUGUCAAAAACAAGGUAUGUAGUGUGAUUAUUGAUGGUGGUAGUUGUACUAAUGUAGCUAUCACUGUUUUAGUUGAAAAGCUUAAUUUACCUAUGACGAAGCAUCCAAGGCCAUAUAAGUUGCAAUGGUUAAACGAUUGUGGAGAAAUCAAGCUAAACAAGCAAGUUCUAGUUUCAUUCUCUAUUGGACAAUAUAAGGAUGAGGACUUCAAGGACGUGUUUCCAGAGGACAUCCCUAAUGGUUUACCACCAAUAAGAGGAAUUGAACAUCAGAUUGACUUCAUUCUAGGUAUUGGCAUUGGCGUUGUUUUGAUGCAAGACCGGUGGCCUAUUGCCUUUUUCAAUGAAAAAUUGACUGGUGCAGCACUUAACUAUCCUACAUAUGACAAAGAGAUGUAUGCAUUGCACCUCAAGGGACAAGGUAAGUUGAAUAGACGGCAUGCUAAGUGGGUGGAAUUCCUUGAGACAUUUUCCUAUGUGAUCAAGUACAAGCAAGGAAAAGAAAACAUUGUGGCUGAUGCACUAUCUCAUAGGUUCUCGAAGGUGGCACACUUCAUUCCAUGUCAUAAAACUGAUGAUGCAACCAAUAUUGUUGAUCUGUUCUUCAAGGAAGUUAUCUUGUGGGGAAAGUUGGGAACUAAGAUAUUGUUUUCAACUACUUGUCAUCCACAAACUGAUGGACAAACAGAAGUGGUUAAUAGGACGUUGUCAACCUUAUUGCAUGCUAUUAUUCAAAAAGACUUGAAGAAUUGGGAAGAAUGUUUGCCGUAUGUUGAGUUUGCUUAUAAUCAAAGCGUUCAUUCAGCAACUAACUAUUCACCAUUUGAAGUUGUGUAUGGUUUUAAUUCACACACCCCUUUGGAUUUAUUGCCAUUACCCAUUGAUGAACGAGCUAGUUUGGAUGGCAAAAAGAAAGCUGAAGUGGUUAAGCAACUACAUGAGAAGGUGCGACAAAACAUAGAGCAACAAACUGAGCAAUAUGCAAAUCAAUCCAACAAAGGGCGCAAGAAAGUUGUGUUUGAACCUAGAGAUUGGGUUUGGGUGCAUAUGUGGAAAAAGCGAUUCCCUGCACAAAGGCGCUCUAAAAUGCAACCAAGAGGCGAUGGAUCAUUUCAAGUGAUUGCAAGUAUAAACGACAAUGCAUACAAGUUGGAGCUUUCUGGUGAGUAUAAUGUUAGUGUUAGUUUUAAUGUUUCUGAUCUUUCUCCUUUUGAUUUAGGUGACGAUUUAAGGACAAAUCCUUUUGAGGAGAGAGGGAAUGAUGGGAAUCAAAAUAACCCCAGAUGUACCAUGUCAAGAGAUCCAUUACACAUUCUAGGAGGUCCAGUCACGAGAGCUAGAGCUAGGAAGAUGUGAGAAGCUUUAAAUGGCCUUAUUGAGCAGAUCUGGGUCGAUAACAACAUGCAACAAGUAAAUCAAACCUUGGAUGAUUA